AUGUCCGAAGUUGAAGUACCACCGCAGAGUGACAAGAAGCGUCACCGCGCAAAAACCAUAGUUUCCAAAGAUGAACUACCGCAAAAAGAGAAGACAAGUAUGAGUUCUCAGCCAUUAGUGUCAUCACUCCCAGACGAACUCAUAGAGCAGAUAUUUGCUCUUGUCCCGAGAUGGGCUUACCCUAAUCUCUCUCUUGUGUGCAAAAGGUUCCUCUCUUUAAUCUCUUCUCCCCAACUCUACACGACACGUUUUAACCUUGGAACCACCGAACCAUGCCUUUACUUUUGCGUAGAAUCGAUUAGGAUUGAUAUAUAUCUCCAAUGGUUCACUCUUUCGAUGAAACCUCAAGAAACAUGUGACGGUGAGAUUUUAAAUGACUAUUCCGUGAUUCGGAUACCUUUUUAUCCCCUGCCUUUACGUUCACCUUAUAAAUCAACUGUAGUGGUUGGUUCGGAUAUCUAUUUAAUUGGUGGAUGGGGUGAGCUAACUUCCCCAGUUCAGAUCCUUGAUAGUCGGAGUAACACAUGGCGUGACGGGCCUAAUAUGACGGUAGCUCGAAAAAAUCCACAAGCGGUUCUCAUCGGCCAUAAAAUAUACGUCAUGGGAGGUUGCGAUAUUGACAAUUGGUUUGAGGUAUUGGACAUAAAGACUCAGACUUGGACAGCCUUGCCAAGUCCUGGUGCUGAUCAUGGGUUAUGCAAAUAUUUUAGGGUCAACCCCGAUGCUUUUGAAGGAAAGCUUUACGUAGCGUCAAGUAAAAAGGACUACACUUAUGAGCCCAAAGAUGGUACAUGGAAAGUUGUAAGAGAUGAAUCAAGUUGUGGAGAGUUGUUUGAUUCGUGUGUGAUAGAUAAUGUAAUGUACAGUUUUGGUAUCCUGGGGAAUAUUAAGUGGUAUGACUCUAAGGGUAGAGUGUGGAGAGAGAUCAAGGGUUUGGAAGGAGUUUUUCCAGGUGUGAAACUGAUCAGAAACUAUGGUGGGAAACUUGUAGUUAUGUGGAGUCAGCGGCCAGAGGAACAUAGCGAGAACCGAAAUGUUAGAAUUUGGUGUGCUAAGAUUGAGUUAGAGAAGCGCCAUAAAGAUGAGAUUUGGGGUAAGACGGAGUGGCUUAAUACUUUUCUAAAGAUUCCCAUGUCGUUUGGUAACACAUUUCCUUGGGUAGCCGUUUCCAUUCCCAUGUAGCGGUUAAGAGUAAUAGCAAAAACGUGUUGCAUAUAUACAUAUAUAUAUAUAUGUAUAUAUUAUAUCAUUAUUUAAAUUUAUCACUCACUCAAGCAUAAAUCAUAUAGUAAAA